CUUACAUAUGUAGGGGAUGCCACCCCACGGCUGCCGUGUGUCUCUUUCUUGCUGCUACAGUGCCUGCCGAGAUCCUGAAGAUCCCCUGCCACUCCUGUACUUCGACCCCCCUUCCCAACACCUAACGAAAUCAACCCCCCUUACCUAGGUAGUGAUUCAAGAUAUUAUUUCCUAUCCAUCCUCCCACAUUCGAUUUGUCUCCCCACGUUGCCUUUUUUUCUUUCUUUCUCCAAUUUGUCUUGGGAAAAACGAGAAGACCGGUUCUUCUUCAAUCCCAACAUGUCGUCUUCAAUCGCAGAUCCUGUCACAAUUGACCGGACCUAUUUCGAUACCCUCUUACGGAGAGCCAAUAAGAAUCAUGGCACAAGCGCAACACAAUUUGUUUGCGACGAUGAGACCGUAGUGCCUGUACCCAAGAAAGAAUACGAUAGUCUGGUCUUACUUUCCCGCCAAUUCGCGAACCUAAAAAGAAGUCUCUUGGGAGCUGGUGUCACAGAGCAAAAUAUUGCCACUCUCGUCCAAGAUGCUACUGGUGGUAACGAAACUGAAUCCUAUGUAAUGAUCACGCCGCAUUACAACCAUAACCAGAGCGAUGAUCUAAACACAAGUCCUGAAGAUGCUUUGUGCCCAGCAUCAGCCUUACGAGGGUCAUCGUAUACCCCAUAUAGCUCUAUCACGAAUUACGCUUCUGGAAACGUUUCGUACUUCAAUAGUGGAUCCAGGCCCGCUACAUUGGAAGAGAGUCAUGACUGGAAUAGUCACGAACAGCUAGGUGGCACUUUGACUCCUUCCUAUUCCGCCGACGGACCGACGGAUGCGCAUGUCGACGCACUACAUCAGAUUCACAAGCCCGUUUACCCUCGUAUGUGCAAACGAACGAUUGCGUUUUAUGGACUGCCAACAUAUACUACCCUGGGAGAUGUGACGAGUGUAGUGCGUUGUGGUCGGCUGCUAGAUGUAUUCCUCAGAAGUGCUGAGCACACUGCGUCUGUAUCGUUUGUACGGGAGGAGGAUGCAGUUCGGUUCUAUGAUCACGCGAGAAGAAAUGACGUCUACAUAAAGAACAAGAGAGUUUUCGUCAAAUGGGCCGACCGUCACUUCAUUCUUCCUGGGCACGUCGCGAACAAGGUCGCUACUGGCGCUACCCGAAAUCUGAUAAUUCGACGCUGUGGUGCCCACCAUACCGAGGACAGCGUCCGCGAAGACCUAGAGCAUAUACACAAUCUAAUUGUGGUCAAGGUUGAGUUUGUAGGAGGCAGCUGUUUCAUAAAGACCAAUUCUGUACACAAUGCCAUGUUCGCAAGGACAUGUAUGAUGAGCCGCGCAAAAUACAAGGGAUCCAAGAUCGAGUGGGAUAUCGACGAGUGUGAUCAACCCUUUGAGCCCGUUCAAAAGGCGGAGAUUAAGCCGCAGUAUCCUUUGGUAAAGUCGCCGGUAGCGGGCGCGGGGAACCGAUUUGCGAUGCUUCGCAUCGACGACGACGAUAAUAAUGAAAGUGACGAUAAGUUCGACACGUCAUCUGAGAUGCCAAACACUGUUGAUGUCGCCGCAUGAACAAGCACCGCUGGACAUAAAGAUUUAGGAGGUGGGGCGGAAGUCAGUCUUCCCAUGUUACACUACCGCCUCAGUAGGUAAUGUCAAAUGCUCAGCAGUGAGAAGUAGCCCCUGUGGAAUGAUCUACAGGAUCUUGAUGAUAGGAUCGUAAAUAUAGGGAGUAUCGGA